GACUACAGCAAAAUGAAGGUCCCCGAGCUGCGCGACGCCCUCACGGCGCGUGGUCUCCCCACAAACGGCCUAAAAGGCGACCUAAUUUCGCGUCUUACCGCGAGUGACGACACUGCCGCUCCCACUGCCACCAGCACCACCACCGCGCCCGCCGCACACCUCCCCAGCGCCGACGAGGAAUACGAAGUUGACUGGGAGCACGACGACAAGCCUGCGGCAGCCGCACCAGCCACCGCUACCUCCGCCCCAGCCGUCGCGCCCACUACUCCCUCCGCCACCGCACCAGCCGAGCCCACCACCACCACCACCACCGCCAGCGCCGCCGCCUCCCCCUCCACCGACACAAAACCCAAGCGCAAGACGAUCGCGUCACUCUUCGAGAGCACCACGCCCGCCACCAAGUCCGGCAACGAGCCCAGCUCGCCCUCGACGGUAACAGACGAGACGUCGUCAGCCGCAGCACCCGCACCCACCCCCGCCGCCGCCGCCGCUGCUCCCACUGCCACCACCACCCCCACCCCAGCGUUCAGCGCGAACCUCCCCACGACCUCGCUGGACGAAGAAAUCGCGCGCCGCAAGAAGCGCGCAGAGCGCUUCGGCCUGUCCGCCGAGGAGAGCGAAACCCUCAAGUCCCUGGAACGCCAGAAGCGCUUCGGCAUCGAGGAGGUGAAGACCGAGGUCAAGGGGCUCAACGAGGCGUUGCCUGUCGAGCGCGAGAAGAAGCGGCGCGGAGACGCGCAGCCGGCGCAGCAGCAGGGGCGUGGUGGGAAGCGCGGAAGG